AAGAGGCAAUGCAUGUCCUCGCUCCAAAACCAGAAAUUAACUUUGAGGAUCCGAUAUGGCAUUAAAUCAAGUAUCCAUUAGGCUAUGUGUUGGGUCAUAUACUGACACCUUCCAACUCUUUAAGGUCACACCGCAGCCGCAUAUUCUCCAUUGUCGAGUUUUGUACCAUUCACAGCCUCAAAAAUUCCCUGGUUACCAUAAAGUAGACUUUACCCCUUUUGGUCGAGAAAUGGCUGAGCAUCGCAUUUCGGGCUGUUACUUGCCAAUUCCCAAAGACACCGUUGCUUGUUGUUCGAAUGUUAGAGGUAUUGGGAGGCCAUCUCUCAUUGAUAACUUUUGUACAAUGUUUAGAAUUCAUAAACCUAAUAUCAUUGUCCUGCUAGAAACUCAAUAUGCAGUCAAACAAUUGCAACGCUUGUUAAGCAGCUUCCUGGGAAUUAUAAUUUUGGAUUUUCGGAGCCCGUCGAUGGCCUAUUUGGUGGGGUUGUGUACAUGUGGAGGCAAGACUAUAUUACGGUGGAGAAUAAGCUCAUCACAUCAUCAACGUUCAGAGUUGAUACGUUCUUUAAGGGUCAUCCACGCUAUAAGGAUAAUGCUAUUUUGGCUGGAAUGGAGCUGACAUGCAUGGAGUACCCGUCUUUCAACGGCGUCGCUUGAUGAUAUUAUUAUAAAUGCUUGUUAUUUGUUUCUCUAAUUGUUGAUGUUUUGGUAGUUAAUUUAGGUUGUGAAGCAUACAUAGUGUCCGUAGUUUGCGUUUGCCAUUUAAGUUGUUCAUCUAAUUGCUAGUUCUAUGUAUAAUAACGGGUAAUGAUGAAUGUACUAGUACUUGUUUUAAUUU